AUGGUCCUUGAUAUCUUGAAACCCAUCUUGUGCACAGCAGAAAUGAAUGAUGAGCACAUGGCUUCAGGAUACCCAGUGAUAGAUAAGAAAGUCCUCAUCUUCAUUAUCAUUUUAUGGCUUUUGUGCCUAAUCACGGUGUUGUGCUGCGGCUUUAUUGUUGUAGCGCUGGGCAUGGAGUGCUUGCUACGGAGAACACUGUCGCCUUAUAAUAAGUUAUUGGCCAGCCUAGGGGUCUCUCGCUUCUGCCUUCAGUGGGUGACGAUAGGUAAGAGUAUUUAUACUUUCCUGUAUCCAACAGCCCUCCUAUACGACCGCAUGAUGCAGUUCCUAAGCUUUUUUUGGGAUUUCCUGAAUGCUUACACCAUUUGGUCCUGCACCUGGCUCGGUUUUUUUUAUUGUGUAAAAAUUGCUAACUUCACCCACCCUGUCUUCCUCUGGCUAAAGGGCAAGGUGUCUGGGUGGAUACCGUGGCUGCUGCUUAGCUGUGUGGGUUUUUCUGGCUUGACCAGCAUCCUGUUUUUCACAGGCAAUCAUAUACUGUAUCAGAACUAUCUCAGGGGCAAUUGCCAACUCUGGAAUGCCACUGGGCACAGUAUGAGGUCAUUUGAAAAAUUGUACUUCUUCUUUCUAAAACUGACUAGUUUUACAAUCCCUCUUGGAGUCUUUCUCAUUUUCACGGUUCUUCUCCUCAUAUCCCUGGGAAGACACAUGAAGAAAAUCCUGUUGACCCUCUCAGGAUUUCAGGAUCCCCCGAUUCAGGUCCACCUCAGAGCUCUCCUCAGUAUCAUCUCUUUUGCCCUCCUCUUCACCUCCAGUUUUCUGGCACAGGUGCUUAAUUCUAGCACCAACACUCCGUUUCAGGAGGUUAAGCACUGGGUCUGGCAGGUAGUGUCUCAUCUGUGCAUGGCUGCCCACUCCCUCCUUCUGCUCUUCAACAACCCCAGGCUGAGAGCCACACUGGAGCGAGGCUGCCCCAAGGUGUGGGGCAUGCUGAGCUGCAGCUGA